ACACUCCGGAUCCAGCUUCUGAAGGUCGCAGAGGAAUGCCAGGAAAGGAGAAGAGGCGCAAAUCGCACAUUAUUCCUCCCCCUGAGAUGUCUCGGAAAGAGAGAGGACUUCAGGAUUAACUGGUAUUCCCCAGUUAUUUCCCAACACAAGCAUGCCCCCCCUCAUUUAAUCCCCACAACAACAACCCUGCAAGGUGGUUAGGCUGAGAGGCAAAGUGACUGGCCCAAGGCCACACAGUGAGCUUCAUGUGCAAGUGGAAGGAUUUGAACCUUGCUCUCCCAGUUUCCCAACCAACACUCUAACCACUACACCUUCCACACUGAUUCUCUCAUGAGGGUUAGCUAUUGAUAAACCUUCCCUGCUCCGUGAAUUUGUCUAAUCCUAUUUUAAAGCCAUUGAAGUUGGUGGCCAUCAGUUUAACUAAGAACGACUUUCAUUUAUCUGUCCUGGACCUUCCAACUUUCAGAUUCAUUGGAUUCUUACAAGUUCUGGUGUUAUGAGACAGGAAGGAAAACUUUUCUCUAUCUAUUUUUUCCCCCUAUGCCAGGCAUAACUUUGUAAACUUAUCCCCUGUUUCUGGUCCAUCAGCAGAGGGGUUUUUUUUUUUGCUCGCUGAACCCUGUUUAAAAUGUAUGAAAUAGACAAUAAUUUCCUCCUCCCUCCUGCUUUGUUUUAACGAGUGGUCUGAAAAAUGACUAGCGUGCCUCCCUUGCAGGGAGGGCUGCCACCACCCACAUUCAUCAAGGGAACCUGUCAGCAUCAGUCCCCAGGAAGGUCCCUUUCGUCGUUUGUCAGUGGUGAGAUGGAUGGGAAGUCAGAGGUCAGAGGCAAAGUGCUUAGCACCAUGAUGAAUUAGUGAUUUGAAGCAGUUAAUGAAAAAUUAAGCCACACUGGCUGUAAAAUAUUCAUCUAUUCAUGGGAAGGAGGAGCGGGGAAGGAGGCUCAGGUAGGUGGGCAAAGAAUCCUAGAAUUGUAGAGUUGGAAGGGACACCCAAGUGUCAUCUAAUCCAGCCCUCCACAAUGCAGGAAUUGUUGAGGUUUUUUCACUGUGUGAGUACGUGCAUCUGGUCAUAUAACAAUUAAUAGCUGGCAACAUGCCCAGAAGAGUGAUUCAGCAAUCUCCAGGGCUGGAUAAUUUGCCUAGUGAUAGAGCCUUAGCAACAGCUUGGUGAUUGGUUCAGUAACCUUAUUAGACUAAGGGUGAAUUUGUGGGGUUGUGUGGAGAGUUGGUGCAUAGCUGCCAAGUUUUCCCUUUUCUCGCGAGGAAGCCUAUUCAGCAUACAGUAAUGGAAUUUCCCUUAAAAAAAGGGAUAACUUGGCAGCUAUGUUGGUGGUGUGUUUCUGAUGUGGUUAUUGUGUUGUAGAGAGAUAGAAGUACUGAUCUAUGUACCGUUUGUUGUUUUGUUCUUGUAAAUAAAGCUGUAUAUAGUUACACAGUACUAGUGGCAGUGAGUACCUGUGUUCCUGCAACUUGCUUUCAUCUUGCAACCAAGAAGUUUCCGCUGUGCCUGCGCUACUCUGCUGAGUUCAACUGGUAUAGUUGGCUUUUAAGCCAGGUUCAGUCUUGCCGGUCUUUAACAGGAAUCACAGCUGAACAAUCCCUGACAGAUGGCCAUCCAACAUCCACUUAAAACUUCCAGUGAAGGAGAGCUUUAAACAAGGAAUAGAAUUCAUGGAGAAGAGGGCUAUCAAUGGCUACUAGCCAGGAUGGCUCUACUCUGCCUCCAUGGUCAAUGCUUCUGAAUACCAGUUGCUUCUGGAAACCACAGGAGGGGAGAGGGCUCUUGUGCUUGAACCCUCCUUGCAGGUUUCCCAAGAUGCAUUUGGUUGGCCACUGUGAGGACAGGAGGCCGGACCAGAUGGGCUACUGGCCUGAUCCAGCAGGCUAUCCUUACGUUGUCCACAACCCUGCUUGAUCAUAGAAGAAACCCUCCAAGUGAUUUACAAAAAAAGACAAAACAAAACUAUCUGUAACAACGGUAAUUUAGUACAUCUGAAGAGUUAAUAAUAGUGUGAGAAUAGAUUUGAACGCACAUCAGCUUUCUAAACACCUAGACAGGCGUGUCUAAAGAAAACUGUUCUUAGCUGGUGCUGAAAAGAUUUCAGUGAAGGUGCUUGCCUGAUGUCAAUAAGGAGGGAGUUCCAGAGUUUUUGCAGGUACAAAUGCAGUUGGAGAGUGUCUCACUCCUCAAAGACCCUUUUCCUGCUGUGUUUAAUCUAGGAGCCCAUUUAUUUGGUCCUUCUGCCUGGAGGGAAGGCCAGAAGCUGGCCAGGAGGAUCCUGGGCCAACCCCAGAAAUACCCAAAGCCGGGGAACAGCAGCUCUCUAUGGAUGGCAGAAAAGGGCACCCCAGAACCGGGAAAAGGUUUGUUGACCAUGUCCCAGGUAGAACAAAGCUCUUUAGGAAGGAGAGGUGGCACGCACCACAAAGAUCAUGCCAUGGAGAGAGGAACAGCAGAAGCUGGAGAAGCAGAUGGUGCUGCAGGAUUGAACAAAAUCUGCCAAGGCUGCAGGAGCCAGGAAUAUUCAGAUCUAGAAAGGGAGGCAGGAAAUCUGCAAAGGCAAACUGGAAGCAAGGGUAAAGCAGGUUGCUCCAAUGGGAUGGAAACCAAGGAUUCCCCCAAGGUCCACAGUGCAUCUGCAGACACUGGGUGGAUGUGCCCCAGAAUACUCUCAGCCAUCCGCAAGGGGAGGAUGAAGGAGACCUCCCGAAUGGAGAACCAGCCCAGGUUGGAGGGACAGAGGAGGAGGAUCCCCUACAAUCUUGAUGAGGUCCGGGAAUUUAUGGUGCAGAAGAUGGCAGAAAGGAGAAAGAUGGCCCAGGAAGAAAAGCGAGCUUUAAGGGAGGCGCAGGAGGCAAGGAAGAGGAGGCUAAAAGAGGUGGAGAGGAAGCAGAAAGAAGCCUUCAGCAACAGCAGCAGGAGAAAGGCUUACCCAGAGGAGGAAGUGGGUGAGAAGUUCAACCGGGGAAGCACGUCCACAAAGUACACCAAGUGUCACUGGAGCCCAGAAUCGGAAGUCUCGCAUUGGGUCCGCCAAACAUCACAUGCUCUUCUGAGGGGUGAGGUAGGGUUUCCCAGUGAGGAGUGUCCAGAGGUGUCCAAGAUAGCAGAGGUGACCAGAAGCUCAGAUUUGUUUCGCAUUAGUGUUAGUCACAGCCCUCUAAGGCUGAGGGACCUGGACGUUGCCCCACCGGAACUGUCCAGACUUUCUCCCCACAGAAGCAAACAAGAGAAAGUCAGAGCCAUUGCCCUUCUCGCCAGGAGCCUCAGUGAGCGGCUAGAAAAUGAGACAAAAAGCCUGAGAGCCAGAAACAGGCCACUUGAAUCUUCAGGGGACCAAGGGUGGCCAACGGGACCCCCAUCUCUGUCAGAGGGACCUUCUGCCACCUCAAAGCCUGAAGCUCCACCUGCAGCAUGUGAAAAUGCCUUUUGGGAGCCCAACCAUUUCCGUAGUCCAUCACUGCAUGCUCAGGAGAACUCUCUCCGUCCAGAAGGAGCAGCAGCAGUAGCAACCCAGGUCGCCAUGGAGAGGAUCUGGGCCUUCUUGUCCAUUGCCAGAGUUCAUGGUCAGGGACCGCAGUGGGAUCUUUCCUCUGAGGCGGAAGAGCAACAUGCAGCCAGUGCAAAAAACAUCAAGGAAAGGUGGAAAGGUUUUUUUGCAAGUAGGGGACCUGAAAGAGGACCCUCCCCCGAGACGCCAGGUGCCUCACCUGCCACACCACACCUGCAGUUCCUCACCCGAAGGCCACAAACCAGCCCCUUGGUGGAAACCUGCAUUUCCCCCCACCAGAAUUUCAGAAUGGAAGACCCCAGGGAGAAGCCCUAUCAUGAGAAGAUUCAGGGGUAUGGGCCAUUGUUCUGCUGCAGAAGGCCAAUGUGUGCAGAAGGUUCUCAGAUUCAAUCCCCUGCGGCUGCUUCAGGGCUCCAGCCUAAGGCAUCUGCUGGCAGCUUUCCCCCCCAGGGGCACCAGGUCUCUGGCCUAAAGUCCCUUCCCACCAACCAGCUCCUUGGCAGAACCAUCCCUGCAAAAGAAUCUGGUGAAAUGAGUGAGACAACGGAUCCCACCAGCCAGGAUGUUGGAGAACCAGUAUGUUUUGAAAGAGCUCUUGUGCUGGGGACGGAGGAGGAGAAGGAAGGGGGCAAGAAGGAGACCUCUGGUCCAGGAUCCUUCAGUGUAGCAUCUUCAGGGAGUUCAGGAGGCAGAAGCAGCAGACGAGGACUCCAGGAAGAGGCUAACAACACCCUUGGCACUAAGUGUGGGAAAGUGUUGUCACACAGGGAUCAAGUGAUGGCAGCAGCAUCCCCUGGUUGGAAGCCACAGCUGGGGUGUCAAGAGGCUGAGCAUCUUAAUUCUUCCAGGGAAGGAUCUGCAGGUCCCAUCCUAGAGCCUGGUGGCUUAGAGAUCACAGAUCAUGUGGAAAAUGAGGAAGAGCGUUGCAGGGAGAACGUUUGCCUGACAGAGAAUCCCAAAGAAGAUAACAAUCCUCAUAGUUCCACCUCAGACAGGAGUCCAGGGAGUUUGUCUUCUGAAACAUCCUCUGCCAAAUCAUUUGGCUUUUCUCAAACGCUGGGGAGUCCCCGGUUUGGUUCUGAAUUUCUAAAGGCUCAUGCGGUUCUAGUCAAUAUCUCCAGAAGUUCCCUUUCUGUCUCUGAUUUCGAAGAGGAGGACUCCUCUCAAGACACGGAUGUGAGCCUGCCAGAGGAAUUUGCCUUCCAGGAACAGCCCCCUGACAGUUGUAGUGGCAACAGGAUUCCUACAGUCUCUGCUGUGCCACAGGCGGAAACUGGUGUGGAUGGAGAGUUGCUGUCAUCUGGCAGCAGACACCACUUCCGAGCUGCUUCUUGGAGUGCCCAUUCAAAUCAAGAUGGCAUGCCACCUAUGUGCAGCCAGGAAAAGGCCCCAGAAGGCAGGCCAGAGAGCGAAUCUGAUUCUGUGGUAUUAUCAAACCGUGGAAGGCCAAGACCCCUUCUCUUUCAAGCCCAGACACCAGAGACCAGAGAAGAGGCAAACUCUUCCAGAGUUUCAGACCAGUGGCCUCAUGCAAACAGCAAGGGCAAGAUGUUGUUUCAUAUAUGGACUGGGACAGAGAAGAACACCUCCUCACCUAGCUGGGACUUUCAGCAUCCUGAGGGUCAGGACCCUUUAUCAACCCCCAGCAAAGCUGAAGUGGAUGGUGAAGAUCGAAACACAUCCAAAUUUAAAAGCCAACACAUGCCUGUAAGAGAAGCACCUGAAGUGUCUUUGAAAAGUGUGAAUCCUAUCACUGACCAACUCCAGGAUUCACUCGGUUCCUCCAAAUCCCGGUCCGUUUUGGAGAGUGCCAUUAGUUAUACAGAAAAUUCAGGUGAUGAAAGUUGCUCCAGCAACAGCAGGCUUUGUGAAGGUGCUGCUGCACAGAUCACUGGAGCAUCACUGGGUGAUGAAGAGGAUAGCGCCUGUUUGCAUUCCCCUGAAACCACAGAUCUGGCAGCAGAAGGAAAUCAAAAUGCCAUACAUAGUCAAAGCAAAGAGGAAUCUGGGGUGGCAGUGCCUGGUUCAAGUUCCCCCAAACCUGUGGAGGAACCCCAAGUCAAGAGCUGCCUUUUGCGAAGCGACGAAGCGACUUUCAGCGAUGAGCUUCUGUCUCAAAUGAAGGAAGAUCUGUUAUCACCUUUUGACGAUUUUCUGACAUCUGGAAGCAAUGAUAUGCCAUCACUGACUGAACAAGAUGUCUCCUUUUCCUGCCAAGGCGAGGAUCUUCCCGCACCCCAUGAGUCUCCAUCAGAGCAACUUCUACUCCCUCCAUGAAAUACCUCCAUGAAAACCAAUGACUUGUCCUCAUCUGAAGUGUGUAGGCUACAAGAGGUCCAUCUAUCUAUCUAUCUAUCUAUCUAUCUAUCUAUCUAUCUAUCUAUCUAUCUAUCUAUCUAUGUUCCCACUGUGUGCGCGGAUGUAACACCCUUCCUCUGUAACCGCUGAACCAAAAUGCAACAGCUUAGGACAAAGCCCAUCAGGGAGGGAUCUGGCAUUAAAAAAAAAAAUUCCAGAGAAGCAUACUUUUCAUACCUAAAAGAAUGAUUAAACACAAAAAAGUGGCGCACAAAUUAGACAUCACCAGCAGAAACUCUGAAGACUCCAGCAGCAUCCAAUAGAAAGGCAGAUCGUGCACUGUCACCAGCCAAAGCUCUGAAGGACGGCGCCAAAUAAUGAUGUCAUCAACCAAGCAACUGAAACCACCAAGGCGGCCAUUACCAGACAACCCACAGAGUCAGGCCAGGGUCAAGGAAUGAAGAUACAGGGCUGAGGCCUCGGCUCGCAUUUAAAUACUAGCCCAAGUCAAGGCCGACAGACUAGGCCUCGCCUCUACAUUAAAGCCCACAGACUAGGCCUUGGCUCUACUUCACAGACUAGGCCUCGGCUCCACAUUACAGACUAGGCCUCAGCUCUACAGCCCUUUAAAUACUAUCCCAAGUGGAACCCUGGGUGGUGGUGGUGGGAGGAGGGGCCCAAAUAAGUCAUGGGCUGAUGUAGGGUGAGGGGAGCCACAGGGUGGGGGGAGGGGGGACGGGAUACCUCAUGGGUCACUACAGGAUGGGAGUAAUCACAGGGAUGAGACACAACCACUGGGGGGGGGGAGAGGAAAAAACACAUAGUCCAGGGGGGAACGGACACGCCCUCCCCCUUUCCUGGGAAACAAGGACCCUGAGUCAGGCACAGCAACACGUCAUGGAUUGUCACAGGGUGGGGGCAGCCACAGGGAUAACCCACAGCAACGCGUGGGAAGGUCAACUAGUAGAAUCAUAGAACUGUAGAGUUGGAAGGGAUCCCAAAGGGCCACCUGAUCUGAUUCCUGAAAUACAGGAAUCACAGCUAAAGAAUCGUACAGCAUCUACAGUUGCUAAGGCGGGCAGGGGGAGAAUAUCAUUAAGUGGUCCAUCAAGACCCUUAGCAAUUUUCAAGUGCUUUGUUGGUGUGGAGAAAAGUUUGACCCACAUGUUCCCCCCCUUUUUUUUAAAGGAAUGGCAUAAUCAAAAGCCAGGGUGGCAUUUUAGGGGGGCGAUUUAUAGUUUUUUUUAAAUUAACGAAGAGGAUAUAAAGGACCCAUCUCGAGCAAGUGGUGCAAUUGGAGAGCGGCCCUUUAGAACAGAUUAAUCAGGAAGCUGAGCCAGGGAAGGAGUUAGCUAUAAAAUAACGGAUUGGAGAGUCAAAAUGGGGCUUGCGGAACACGGGAGACAUAUUAAACUCCCUUUACCAUUAUGUGCCCAGCACUCUCCAGGCUGACAGCCAGAUAUAUCGUUACCAGCGAGGCCUCCGUCUCGUGAUUCUCCUUCUUUCAAGGUCUAAUAUUUUCUUUGCCUUGCCUUUGAUCAAUAUUAACCUCUUGGGUCAAUAAAUCUUAGUAGCGGCCUCCAGAGGAGUCAUUAGCUUUCAUAGGAAAUGAUUAUUUCUCCGUUAAACUCUGCAUUUCAUUUGCCCACCAUCCAUCUUUUUCAGACACUGACGCACGCAGCAAUCCUUCCUGAAAACAAGGGCCUCUAUGAGGUAUAAACGGCGUCCUGUUCUCCAUCCCUUGAAAUGCCUUGGGUUCAUUUAAAUUCCGUUCAGGGACCACAAAGUGGUUUCCUGCACUGAAAACAGUUUUAAAAAGAAGCAGCGGCACACAUGGAAGCAGAGAAGUCUCUUGGUUAAAACUUGAAAUGAAAAAGGGUUCCACACCAGCCAUUUGAGUCAGGAUUCCCUCAAGGAAUCCUGGGAACUGUAGUUUAAGGGUGCUGAGGAUUGUUGGGAGGCUCUUAUUUUCUUCACAGAGCUACAGUAUUUCCAGAGUGGCUUAAUAAUUAUAGAAUGGUAGGGUUGAAAGAGAGCCCAAUGGUCACCUAGUCCAACCCCCUGCAAUACUGCAAUCCCAGCUAAAGAAUCCCUGACAAGUGGCCAUCCAACCUCUACUUUAAAAGCUUCAACAAAGAAGAGUCCAUCACCUUCUGAGGGAGUUCAUUCCACUGUCAAUCAAUCCCUCUUCCUGGGGACGUGUGAAGUUGUAGCUCUGUGAGGGGGAAAACUACAGUUCCCAUGAUUCUUUGGAAGUCAUGCAUUUUGAAUGUGUGUUUAAAUGUAUGGUGUGGUGCUUCACAUCCUAGUAGACUUAGAGAGUUGGAAGAGCCCUGAGGGUCAUAUUGUUCAACCCCCUGCAUUGCAGGAAGCUCAACUAAAGCAUUCAUGGCAGAUGGCCAUCUAACCUCUGCUUAAAAACAAAUGGGAGUCCUAUCCACCUUCUGAGGGAGUGCAUUCUAUUGUCAGAUUUUCUCUCUCUCUCUAAAAUGGUUAUUAAUUUUAAAAUGCUUUUAUAUAGUUUUUAUCUUUUUUAAAGUUUUAAACUGCUUUGAUAUGUUUGGUAAUUUAGCAGUAUAGAAAUAAAUAAAGUGUUGGAAUAAAAAAAACAGCUACAAGGGAUAGUGAAUUAUUUGCUAAAAUCUAAGAUUGCUCUUUUUAUACCAUGUACUUGUAUGUCCUGUUUUAUUGUAUACCACACACACACACACACACGGCCAUUCUAGAUUUUUGUAUGUGCUGCUACAGCUUUUUUCAACCUGGUGCCCUCCACAAUUUCAUUUUUAUUAUUGUGUUUUUAACAUAUUAAUCACAUCAAGCUUGUUAACAUUUUAAGCAUUGUAGAGCAAUGUUACUAGACUAAUACAUUACAAAUCUGAAACAGUAACACAUAAAAAGGGGGGAAAUGAAAAUUGCAGAACUUAAAUAGCAAUGUAGAUUGUGUCUCUGUGUGUAUAUUGUUACACACCACCCAAGUCUCUGAGGGUGUCAGAUUCCAGGUACACUUACCCAAGGUCUGUAUUUCCUUUUGGAAAAGCAAGGCACAGUGGAGACAGUGGUGUCUGUAUGGCAUAUGGUUUAUUUACCCAUAUAUACAACCUGAGCCUACUUUGGAGGUUUCCUGCACCACACUCCAAGAGGCUUCUUCUAUAGCUGCAAUCCUCAAACAGCCCUCAGCCAUUUAU